CUAGCUAGUACACCCGAAGCUAAACCGGUCAGGUUGCCGAGACUUGCCGUUGCCGAUGCAAGAUUUCGGUAGCUGCACUGAUCGAUCAAAGAACAACCUGACUAACGAUCGAUCUUGGUUCUUGUUUGCAAAUCAGUGACAGAAAAAAAAGGAAGAAGCUGGUUAAUUUCUGCGAGUGAUAUGGCUUCUGCAGAUAACUGGCUAGGCUUCUCGCUCUCCGGCCAAGGCAACCCACAGCAUCAGCAGAACGGCUCGCCGUCUGCUGCCGGCGCCAUCGACAUCACCGGCUCCGGCGACUUCUAUGGCCUGCCAACGCCGGAAGGGCACCACCUCGGCAUGCCAGGCGAAGACGCGCCCUAUGGCGUCAUGGAUGCUUUCAACAGGGGCAGCCAUGAAACCCAAGAUUGGGCGAUGAGGGGUUUGGACUACAGCGGCGGCUCCUCCGACCUCUCGAUGGUCGUCGGCUCGAGCGGCGGCGGGAGGAGGACGGUGGACGACGGCGGCGAGGCGCCGAAGCUGGAGAACUUCCUGGACGGCAACUCCUUCUCCGAAGUGCACGGCCAAGCAGCCGGCGGAUACCUCUACUCCGGAAGCGCGGUGGGAGGCGCCGGUGGUUACAGCAACGACGGCACCAUAGAGCUGUCCAUGAUCAAGACGUGGCUCCGGAGCAACCAGUCUCAGCCACAGCCGCCGCAGCAGCACACUGAUCAGGACAUGCGCGCCGACGCGAGCGCGAGCAGCUACGCGCGCUCCGACGUGCUGGUGGGGAGCUGCAACGGCGGCGGGGCCGGGGCAGCGGCGAGCUCGCAUGGGCAGGGCCUGGCGCUGUCGAUGAGCACGGGGUCUGUGGUGGCCGCCGCCGGGGGCGGGGGCGGCGCCGUCGCGGCCGAGAGCUCCUCGUCGGAGAACAAGCGGGUGGAUUCGCCGAGUGGCGCCGUGGACGGCGGCGUGCCGAGGAAAUCCAUCGACACCUUCGGGCAGAGGACGUCUAUAUACCGAGGUGUAACAAGGCAUAGAUGGACGGGCCGAUAUGAAGCUCAUUUGUGGGAUAACAGCUGUAGGAGAGAAGGACAAAGUCGCAAGGGGAGACAAGUUUAUUUGGGUGGUUAUGACAAAGAAGAUAAGGCGGCUCGGGCUUAUGAUUUGGCAGCUCUAAAAUACUGGGGCACGACCACAACAACUAAUUUCCCAAUGAGUAACUAUGAAAAGGAGCUAGAGGAAAUGAAACACAUGACCAGGCAGGAGUACAUUGCACAUCUUAGAAGAAAUAGCAGUGGCUUUUCUCGUGGUGCAUCCAAAUACCGUGGUGUAACUAGGCAUCAUCAGCAUGGGAGAUGGCAAGCAAGGAUAGGGAGAGUUGCAGGCAACAAGGAUAUCUACCUAGGCACAUUCAGCACCGAGGAGGAGGCCGCCGAGGCGUACGACGUCGCCGCCAUCAAGUUCCGUGGUCUCAACGCCGUCACCAACUUCGACAUGAGCCGCUACGACGUCAAGAGCAUUCUGGACAGCAGCACGCUGCCGGUCGGCGGCGCAGCGAGGCGGCUCAAGGAGGCGGAGGCCGCCGCCGGCGUCAUCGUCUCGCACCUGGGCGACGGCGUGGGCGGCUACUACUACGGGUGCCCGACGAUCGCGUUCGGCGGCGGCCAGCAGCAGUCGUCGGUGCCGGCGCCGCUCGCCGUGCACUACGCGUACGGGCAGGCCAGCGGGUGGUGCAAGCCGGAGCAGGACGCGGUGGUCGCGGCCGGGCACUGCGCCCAGGACCUCCAGCAACUGCACCUCGGGACCGGCUCCACCCACAACUUCUUGCUCCAGCAGCCGGCGUCCAGCUCGGCCGUCUACGGCAACAGCGGCGUCGGCGGCGGGUACCAAGCACCACCCGGCGGCAACGCGUUCAUGAUGCCGAUGGGCGCCGUGGUGGCCACUGCCGAUCAUCAUAGGCAGAGCAUCACCUACGGUGGGGACAGCGACGGGAGGCUCGCCGGGUACGACGGCGUGGCGGGCGUCGUCGACCCGUACGCGGCCAUGAGAAGCGCGUACGAGCUCUCGCAGGGCUCGUCGUCGUCGUCGGUGAGCGUCGCCAAGGCGGCGAACGGGUACCCGGACAACUGGAGCUCGCCAUUCAAUGGCAUGGGAUGAUCUAGCUAGCUACGUUCUACACAGCCGGCCGCGCCGCGCGAGAUGCGGCCAGGAAGGGAGAUCUUGAGCUUAAUUAGGAUUAGUUUAGAGUCUACACCUCUUGACCAGUGCAUGCAUGAGACACGUAUACGUCGGUGACAUUACCUUCUGAAGGCUGGUAAUGGCAGGUAUUAGGGGGUAAUUUAAGAUUUGUUGU